AUGGAGGUCGAAAGCUGGAACAAGCACGACCAGAAGCUGUUUGACGCCGUAGAGAAAGGGGACGUGACCCGGACGUCCCUUUUUGCGUCGAGGAAAACAGCCCACCCCACCAAGCUCAACGCCCUGGGCCAAUCUGCGUUCCAUCUGGCAGCUUCCAAGGGACUUACGGAGUGCCUCACCAUCCUGCUCACCCACGGGGCCGACGUCAAUGAUAAGAACGAGGACGGCAGCACAGCUCUGCACCUAGCCACCAUCGCUUGCCAGCCCCAGUGCGUGAAGGUCCUCAUCCAGCACGGAGCAAAUGAGGACUGUGUGGAUGGAGAGAACCGUACACCUCUACAUUGGGCUGCUUUAUCUGGCUGUGCCUCCAGUGUGUUGCUUCUCUGUGACCAAGAAGCUUUUCUUGAUGUCACCGAUAAGAAUGAGCGGACCCCCCUGAUGAUCGCGGCGCAGGGGAACCAGACGGCCAUCUGCUCUCAGCUGCUCCAGAGAGGGGCCAAAGUCGACCUCCUGGAUAAGGAUGGCAAGACGGCUCUCAUCCUUGCCUGCGAAACUGGGGGCGUGGAGGCAGCUGACUUGCUUCUGCAGAACGGAGCCAACGUGGCUUUGAUGGACCAGACAGGCCACGAUGCCGUUUACUACGCCAUGCGGAGUAAGAACCGGGUUCUCCGGAGACAGGUCCGGACUGCCUUGAAGAAGUGGAAAAAACGAGAACUGGGGAUAUUUGAUUCGUCAGAAACUGGUUCCCAGGUGCCCUCGGAGAGCGGGAAGGAGACCGACGUGAGCAGCCUGGCUUUCCAGAGCGAGGCGGGAGACCAGAGCGACGAUGAAGAAGAGGCGGAGGAAGGCCCCGAGUUACGGGAAUGGCGGAGCCGAUUCCGGGAGGAAAAGAUGAAAGUGAUCCAGCUGGAGCUGCAGCUGGACCAAAAGACGAAAGAGUGCCAGGCCCUCUCCAUGGGGAGCCAGUCCUUGAAGGAGAAGGUCUGGGACCAAGUGCAGGAGAUCAGCCAGAUCCUGCCGGAUCGGGAGGGCCGGAAUCGCGACUGGCGGCAGCCGAGUCGGUGCCACAGCCGCGACCACAUGGAGGAGGACCACUGCCUGGACCUUCUGGCCCAGCAAGUGCGAGAGCUGAAGGAGAGGAAGAAGCAGCAGGAAGCAGAGAAGGAGCUGCCCAAAGCUUCAACGCCAGAGCUGAUGGCCAGUCCCACCAGGCUCCAGCCCGGGAGGGUCCAGUGGCCUGGCGAGGAGGAGUCGGAGGAGCUGAAGCGCCUGCAAAGUGAGCUGCAGGCAGCCCUGGAGGAGAAGGCCAGCGCGGCCAGGCGGGUGGAAGAGAUGGAGGGGCACAUGGAGAACAUGAGGGCCGUCAUCGGGGUCUUCGAAGCCAAGAAGAAGUCGCAGAGCGCGGCCCUCAAGGAGAUGGAGGCCCGGGCGCUGCAGUUGGGCGAUGAGAACCAAAAGCUGCGGGGACUCCUGGCAAAACACCUGGCCGGGCCCCCCGAGAGCAGCCUUGCCCAGGCAAAGGUGGCCCAGUGCAUGAAGGAGAUGGAGGAGAUCCAGGCCCGGGCCCGGGAGGAGAUGGCGGCCAUGCUGGCCGAAAACGAGGACCUGAAGAAGGAAGCCGAGGACGCUGUCCGCAGCAGGCUGCAAUUCCAAGCGGUGCCAUCUGGCGCAGUAAAGAAGUGCAUCUCGGCCUGGAAGAAGGUGGUCGCCGGCCUGGAGGGGGCUCUGGCCAAGCUGGAGCAGGCCUGUACUGCUCUCCUGGACAAGGCCCGACCUCUUCAGGAAGCCAUUUUGGAGUCUCCUUCCAAAACCUUGGUCAACGGCAAUGGCCUUCCUGAAGAAGAGAAGAACGGCUGUGGUCACGAGCCGGGCCACUCGGAGACCCCCGAGGAGCUGCAGAAAGGUGGGGUAGAAAAGCCCCAGCUCCAUAAUGGUCUUGUGGGGCAGGUGAAACUCAGGCCAAAAUCUGAGGUGGUGGAAAGCAAGGCCCGUCCGUGCCGGAGAAGCUCUGACCUGGAGAAGGAGGUGUGGGACCUCAAGCAGAACAAUGGUGGCCUGGUCCAAGAAUUGGCCCAGCUGAGCAGGGAAAGGGAGAAGCUUCAGGGAGAACUUCAGAAGCUACAUGGCCCCAAAGAGGGUUCUCCUCGGGCGGAGAAGACCGAGCGCCUGAUGGAAGAGCUGAAACGGACCGUGGAGUUCUUGUCCCACGAGCUCUCAUUGGAGAAAGAGGAAUCGGGGAAGCUGCGCCUGAAGCUGGAGGAGCAGAGGAAGGAGAUGAUGUUUGUGAGGAACAACUUCCUCAAGAAGGUGAGCCAAGAGGCCAGCGGUAUAGUUGGCGAAAACCUAGACAGCUGCAUCUUGAAGGAGCUCCACUGGAAGCUGGACAAUGUGGUGAGGAAGCAGAACGAAGCUUUGCAGCUGGUGUCCGAGAUGGAAGAGGAGAACCAUGCCCUGCAGGUUGACCGAAGCCUCCCGCCGGAUCCCAGGAGCCCUGGCAGGGACAAACCUGAUCAAGAGAUCUUCUUGGAGGCCUCCGAGGUCAUCGGAGAAAACUGGAGAGUCCGAGAGCAGAUGGUGGAACUGGAGAAAGGCUUGCAGGAGAUGAAGAAGUUGCUGGUUGCAUCUCAAGGGACUCCAGGAGGCAUCCAGGUGGUCAGCCUGAUGCAGCUCCUGGACCGAGUCCUGGCCCAGAUGGCUGAUCUGCGCCAGGAGGAGGAGCAGGUCCUUAGCAAGUAUGAGAAGAUCUGCAGCAUGCUGUCCACCAGGGCUCAGGUCCUAGGGGAGGAGCUGGCGGCCCUCCGGGAGAAAUACGAGCAAGCCAGUGGAGCAUCUGCCCGUCACAGGGAAGCCCUUGGCCGUGAACAGCAGAAGACUCAAGACCUGAUGGCCGAAGCUCUGGAGCAUGAGGAGGAAGUGGAAGAGCUGAGAGGGAAGUCCCAGAAGUUGGAGGGCACGGUGGACAAGCUGAAUAAGAAGGUGGACGAUAUCGCCAAGAUGUGCCAGGAGAGAGACAUCAAGAUCAAGAAGCUGCUGAAGGAGACGGAGAAGCUCUCGAGCGAAAUCCUGAACUUGCGCAGCGAACGCACCCGCCUGAUCCUGCAGAACGAGGUUGCGCAAAAGAACCACCAAGAGAUUGUGGCCGUAUACAGGACCCACCUGCUCAAUGCAGCCCAGGGGUACAUGGAUGAGGAGGUCCACGCCAUGCUGUUGCGGAUCCUGAGGACAGACUGA